GCGUGGACCAGCAGUAUCAACGAGGCCAGUAAGGUGGCCCUGCUUGCUUGGGUGAAGGAAACCGGCACCAGCCUGGUGCAGGUCAACGGGCAGAGGCGAUACGGCGGUCCCCCGCCAGGCUGGGUGGGCGGACCCCCACCAUCCGGAAAAAACGAGAAGCUGCCACAUGACAUGGACGAGGACGCGCUGAUCCCUCUCUUCCAGAGCGUGGGCAAGCUCUAUGAGUUCCGCCUCAUGAUGACCUUCAGUGGGCUCAACCGGGGCUUUGCCUACGCCAGGUACUGCAGCUGGCGUGGUGCCAAGGAGGCCAUCGCUGCCUUCAACAACUUCGAGGUGCGGGAGGGCUGCGCCAUCGUGGUCUGCAAGAGCACGGAGAAGCGCGAGCUGAGCGUGGACGGACUGCCCGCCUCCAUGGGCCAGCGAGAGCUGGAGGCCAGGCUGCGGUGGGUCACAGAGGGGGUCCUCAGCAUCACCCUGUAUGCCAGCCCCUGCCAGAAGCAGGCCCAGCUCGCUGUGCUGAAAUACAGCUCGCACGGGGCUGCUGCCAUGGCCAAGAAGAUCCUGAUGGAAGGGAACUCGAGGCUCAUUGGGCUGCACGUGAGGGUGGACUGGCUGGACACCGACCUGAAGCAGAAACUGCAGCUGUGCAAGGAGAAGCCAUUGUCCAGACAGCUGCAAGGGCACAAGUGCCUGGAGGUCCCCAAGCAGACACCCCAGUCUCCAGUGCUGCACAACGCACUGGACCUCCUGAACACUCUGUGCCAGAGACACUGCCUGGGGUCCCCCGUGUUCCUCACCAAGUGUGUCCAGGCAAACCCCAAUGGGUGGCUGCGGUUCUGGUGCCGGUUGGUGAUCCCAGGCUGCCCUGUGCCCUUCAGUGGGUUCACGUGGGUCUGGCAGGAUGGGCCAGGCAGGAAUGGGCAUGAGGAGGCGAAGGUCACAGUGGCACUGCACGUUCUUAGGAUGCUGGGUGAGUCCUUGCAUGUUGUGGGUACCAACCUGCUGCCUUUUCCAGUCUUGGAGCAUCUCUUGGGAGUGAGGAGCUGA